AUGCACCCUGAGCACCACAAAGGAAGACGCCAAGCCAGGGCAAGGGCACACGCCAGAAUCUACGCAGACCACCCAGCGCUUAGAUAUACGGACGCCGCAGACGAUACCCAGAAACAAGCAGCGGCUAUCAGCGUGAUCAAUCAAGACCUCGAAACCGUCGUCACUGCGACAAUCAAAACGAACCGACCAACAGAAGCCGAAGAGGCAGCCAUCGCACUAGCCAUCAUCAACAGCGACCCAUACACUACAAUUAUAACGGACUCCCAAACAGCGUGCCGAGCCUACCGGACGGGCUAUGUACAAAAGCUCCCCCCGCCGCACAAGGAGCUCACACGAGAGGAGGCUGUUGUCUGGCGGCAACUACAAACCAACACAUAUCGA